AUGGGGAAGUCUUUGGGCAACUUCCGGGCAACGUACCUCGUAGCUCUAUGCUGCAUCGGAUCGUUCCUCUUCGCAUACGAUACGGGAGUGGUUGGGGGUGUCCUUACUCUGGUAUCUUUCCAGAAGGACUUUGGCUUCGGUGCCGCGCAAAGAGCGACCGUGAGCUCCAAUGCGACAAGUCUGCUUCAAGCUGGAGCUUUCUUCUCCUGUUUCUUCGUGUGGCCAUUCACAGCCCGUUUUGGCCGUCGAUGGUCAAUUGUUCUAGCAUCCGUCAUUUUCAACAUCGGCGGUGUUAUCCAGGUCGUCAAUACGCAAUCGCUGGGAGCUUUUUAUGCAGCACGUGUGAUUAGUGGCAUCGGUGUUGGCAUGGCGACCGUCAUCAUCCCGAUGUAUAGUGCAGAAAUGGCGCCGAAGCAUAUCCGUGGUUCUCUUGGGUCGAUGUUCCAGUUCUUCUUUACGCUGGGGGUCAUGACAUCGUACUGGAUUGAUUAUGCCGUCGCGAAGCACGUGGGUCCAGUCACAAGGCAAUGGCAGAUCCCCAUUGGUCUUCAAUUGGUUCCCGGUGGCCUUCUUGGGCUUGGCAUGCUGCUCACCAAAGAGAGCACGAGGUGGCUAGCUAAGAAGGGCAAGAUCGAGCAGGCUCGGGAGUCGCUCAUUUGGGUGCGAGGAGGAAACAACACAGAGAUCAUGGCAGGUAUCCAUGAGGAAGAACGAGUAAAUGAAGGCUUCACUUGGAAGGAAGUCUUACUGCCCGCGAACCGUUUCCGCUUCGCUCUUGUGGUUAUGAUACAGAUUGGCGCUCAACUAACCGGCAACACAUCCCUGGCUUAUUUCGCGCCUCAGAUCUUCCAGGCCGUUGGUGCAGGCGACCAGGCACUUCUCAUCAGUGGCUUUUUCGGCGUCGUGAAAGUUGUCUCGUGCUUGUUCUUUCUUCUGUUCCUGAUUGAGAGAAUUGGACGCCGUGGGUCGCUUCUGGCUGGGGCUUUCCUCAUGGGGGCUUAUAUGCUGAUUAUUGCCUGCUUGACUGCCACGCAUCCUCCGAAGGCUGGUCAGGGGUGGACGAGCACUGGAGCUGCCUCUGUCGCUAUGGUGUACUUGGAAGCUAUGAGUUUCAACUGCUCGUGGGGUCCUGUCCCUUGGCUCUACAUGGGUGAGAUAUUCCCCACAAGACUACGUGAGGCCGGCGUUGCAGUCGGCACUGCUACCCAAUGGCUGUUCAACUUCGUAUUCUCCCAAAUCACCCCAUACGCAAUCAGGAAUAUCGGCUGGCGUACCUUCCUGAUGUUCAGCAUCUUCAACUGGUCGUUGGUGAUAUUUGCAUGGUUCGUCGUUAAAGAGACCAAGGGAAAGUCUCUGGAGGAGAUGGAAGAAGGUGGCAAAGUGUUUGGAUCAAGCGCCACCGCCAUUGACUUCGAGGCAGUUCAUCGCAAGGCGCAUCAAGAAGUUGAGAGAGCGCGUGCUGAGCACUCUGGGGAGGUUGGCGAUCAGGAGCUCUGA